AAAGCCGAAUAAUUACCUGGGGUAAGGCGCACGAUCUACCGACACUUUAACCACUCUGGCGUCCACUAGAUCGCGAACUCAUAUAUUUUGGAAACAAGCACGGAACAAGCAUGGGACUAUACCUAUUGAGCUACGGAAGAUAAAGCUUGGGCUGUGAAAUUGAGGGUAUAAAGAAAUAGCACUUGGCCGCUGUCUUGGAAACCAGCACUUCAUACUCCACCAGACCAACAGAAACAAUGUUUGGCCAAACAGCACUCUUCGCUCUAGCCCUCGCGGCACCCGCCCUCUCGCAAGUCACCGAAGGCUUCGAGAACGGCUGGGACCAAACCGCCUGGCCGACCUACGCCCCAGACUGUUCGCAAGGCGGAAAAGUCACCCUCGACAGCACAACCGCGCACACAGGCAAGAACAGUAUCCGUGUCGACGGCGCAGGAGGUUUCUGCGGCCACAUCUUUGUCGGCACGACUAAGAUACCUGCCGGUGAUGUUUACGUGCGGACGUAUCUUAAGGCGUCAAAGGCCCUAACCGACUCCCACGUAACCUUCAUCACGAUGCCCGACUCCGCGCAAGGCACAAACAAACACCUCCGCAUAGGCGGCCAAUCGAAGAUCCUCAUGUACAACCGCGAAACCGACGACGCGACUCUGCCCGACCUGUCGCCCCAGGGCAUCGCAACUUCAAAGGCGCUACCAACCAACGUGUGGACGUGCUUUGAGUACCAUCUUGGCACCGAUGGCAGCGUAGAGACGUGGUUGAAUAAUGCGACGGUGACUGGGUUGACCGUGGGGAAUGGAGCGACCAAUGCGAAUGCCGGGCAAUGGACGAGGAGUAGUGUCAAGCCGAAGAUUACGGGCGCGUACUUUGGGUGGGAGAGUUAUGGGGGGGAUACGAAUACGAUUUGGUAUGAUGAUGUUGUUGUUAGUGGGAAGAGGAUUGGUUGCUAGAUGAAGAUGGGGGUGGAUGGGGAGUGCUAAGGGUGAUGGAGAUGGUCCCAGGGUUGGGACUUGUACAUAGUGAAGCUAGGACUUGCAGAUAUUGAAUGAUAGUUUACAGUAAGCGGAAGUGUGCUUUGUUACGAGAGUGAAGGCUCUUGAAGUCGUAGAAGCGUCUGCAUGGUGUCAGUAUGACGAGACUACUCCAACGA